AUGGCCCCGAACGGCCACCAGGCAUCUGCAAAGAAGGGUAUUCACAAGUCUAGCGACAGCUCGUCCGUUUUUUGGGAGGACAAGCAUGGCCAUCGCGAGUUCAUGGAUUGGAAAGAAGCAAAUCAGAACGGUCCUUUUCCUUCGUACGAAGAAUGGGUAGAGUCUCAAAAAAAGUCAGGUGGUCUCUCAUUGUACUACACAGCUUUGCGCAUGUUUGAGGAUUCUGAUUCAACUGACGAGGAGGCCCCACCCGUUAAGGCCAAACCUCAAGCAGCCAAGGCUCGUGGUCAAGUUGGCCGCCCCAAGAAGUCUGCAAGUACAAAUGGCAAUGGAUUGUGGCGCACGGUUUCGCCUGCGACAUCGACUGCCGUCGCCAACUCGGAAGACUUUAGUCCCUCUGGCAAGAAGAGGCGUAAGGCGCGUAAGAAGCCACUCUCCGAGGAGGUCGUCGCUUCAGCGAGCGACAGUGAAGUCGUCAAAGACGUUGGAGCAUCGGCGCCCGUGGCUGAGAUUGCGACGCCCACAGCACCGAUGAUCACCUUCAAUGGGCAGCGCAAGUCUUCGACACGCAAAGCAAGGAAGAAGCCUAUUUCGGAGGAGACCAUCUCGCCAGAUGACGAGCUAGAGGACCCGAUGGAAACUACGAUCGAUGAGGUCUCUGCAUCUGCGAUUGCAUCUCCUCUUCCAGUUCGAUCUGCUCCGAAAUCGCCAGCCCCAGUACCGACUUCAGACUCGCCGAAGAAAAGCCAUAUCUUGAAACUGAGCACCAGGAAAACACCGAAGAAGAAGAAUUUUCCUGAGGGGUCUACUACUGAAAGUGGAGCUGUAGUUGAAGAAGAUCCCACUCAAGCUACGCCUAGCGAUACCGUGAGUGUAGCCGAGGCAGGCAUCAUUGUCAACACAAACGUCACACCAAAAGUCAAUGGAAAGAUAGCCCAAGAGACAGACUCUACUGCAGCUUCUCCAGAUCCGACUGCCGCAUCAGCAGGCACCACCCGACGUGGUCUUCGCACAAGAAAGCCUGCACAACAGAGACCAUACUAUCACGAUUCGCAGUUGUUUGAGGAUGUAGAGCCAACAAAUGGAGAUGCACAGGAUUCAAGUAACACAUCACCAGCUGCGCAGGGCAGGAGAGUAUCAGUCGCGUCAAUCAGCAAGAACAUUGACGACGCGCUACUAGCCUCACUGGAUGAAGAGGCCAUGGCUCUCCUUCAAGAAGAAACCGAGCCCGAGUCCGCUAAACCCAAACACUUCAAGGGCAAAGGUCGUGCAUGGAAGAAAGAAGGAUCUGACGAGGACGAAGAAUUCUCCAUAGCUGCCAGUAUGAAGGCUGCCAGUAAAAAGGCUGCCAAAGCAGCACGGAUGAAGGCUAAAGGUCAAAUCCCCAAGAAGCGUGGCAGGCCGAGGAAGAGCGGCCGGUCUGAAGAGCUCAUCGAUGAGGAGACAGAUGAGGAUAAGGACGCGGUAAAGCGGAAACGGCCGCCUCCACGCAAGAGCGCUUUGUCUGAAGAGGUCAUCAUCGACAGUUCUGACGAGGAAGAAGCAAAGGAGAUGGAAGUGGAGGAAUCUACGACACCCAAGCACACUCCAAACAAGUCAUAUACACCACAAGGCUUGCCAAAGUACAUUUCUGAAGCUGACAAUGGUGCGAACGGCGGCCCAGAGCUUGGCGCUGGUAACGAGUUGGAAGUUGCCAGCCCGUCCAAGGAGACAGUUUGA